CGGGGUGCUGGCGGCCAUGUUGUUUGUUGUCGGUGAGCGGGUUGUUUAGCCUGGCAGAGCCUGUGUGCGAGUUGAGUGGGGUGGGUGGGAAAAUGUGGGCUGUGUCGCUCGGUCACUUGUUACUGGGCGGCCAGCUGGUAUUGCUGGCAGCUGCUGUGCUGCUGCAGUGCCUGGCAGCCGGCUCGUUGUCUCAGAAUGCGGCGGCCAACGGCUCGCAGCCGCGGCAGCUGCAGUCACCGGCCCGGGUCCGCGGGGAGCUAGGCCCGGGAACCUACCCGGAAGACAUGGAGCUGCUCGAGUACCGAGACCCGCUCUCCCCACUGGUGCUCUGCAGCUUCCUGCCAGAUGAAUUUGUUCAAUGUGAUGACCCAGUGGACCUUUUUGGAAAUGUGACUGCGUACCAAGAGCAAGGAUAUGGUUGUGUAAAAUUUGGUGGGCAGGCUUACAACGAAGUGGAACACACACCAGUGCGUUGUACUGCUUUAAAGGAUAUUGAAUGUGCCGGGCCACGCACUUUCCUCAGGGGAAAUGUGCCGUGUAUCAAGUACACAGGACACUAUUUUGUAACAACCCUGCUAUAUUCCUUUUUCCUGGGGUGCUUCGGUGUGGAUAGAUUUUGCCUGGCCCACACUGGCACUGCAGUGGGGAAACUGCUGACUCUUGGAGGUCUCGGGAUCUGGUGGUUUGUGGAUCUAAUACUACUGAUCACAGGAGGCCUGAUGCCCAGUGAUGGCAGUAACUGGUGCACUUAUUACUGAGGAUGCACUUCAACUGGAAUCUAUGAAGUUUGUUUUUGGAUUUGAUGGUGGAGAAGGACAAAGCACAUCGGAGUCUGUUUGUGCCUUUGCCUGGAGUAAUACAAUUUGUGUAGAUGGAUAUCAAAUCCUUGUACAUAAGACAUUUGCCUGGAUUUUUCAUCCCUCUCAUGUUUGAUCUAUAUCCCUAUGGGGAUAUAUAAGAUUAUAAUGUCUCAGAUUGGAGUAGUUUGUGUAUCAUUUUUACCAAGUUUGUAAAUAUACAUGUUGCAGUCAUGAUUUUCUGAACUUCGCUCUGAUUUUCUUUUUAAUUUGCGCUUUAUGAAAUGCAUCAAGCAAAGCAUAGGGUAACAUACAAAAUAGAAAUUGUGUACUUCUGUAACACUUAAACCUGAUUGAAUUUUUGAAUUGAUGAAUGUCUGUUGUUUCACAGUACUUGGAACAAGCAAUGCGUGUGCAAUCUGUUAUUUAACAGGUGUUUUAAUAGUUGUGGAAUUAAAUACCCGCACCAUAGAAAAUCUUUUGGAAAGUUCAAAGCUGGAUGGAAGUCACGCUAAGCACUUGGAUAAAAUUACGAUAUUGUCAGAUAAUUGUAAAUAGCAUUGUGUGCUGUUUAAGAUAGGAAGCCACCUCAAGGCAGAAUGUCUCAGCAUUUUGCCGGUGGAAAUACAGCCAAUAAACAACUAUUUUAUCUUUGAA